AAUGACAUUUAAGCCAUUGAGCCUUUUGGAAAUGGGUCAACUCAAAAUCAAAACUUAAAUGCUUUCGUCUUCUUUAGUGACUGCGUCUUCGUCAAUUCCCUCCCAGAAGAACCCUUAGAGGAUCAUCAGUCUCAAUCUUAGGAGACAAGGGAACAAGAUGGAUACAAAUCUUGUCUCUCGGGAAGACUAUAUAAGCAAUCUCCCUGAAAGUAUUAUCGAAACCAUACUCACAAAACUGCCAUUAAGAGAUGUUGUAAGAACAAGUGUGUUGUCUAGUAAAUGGAGGUACACAUGGACUACCCUUACAGAGCUUCGAUUUGAUGAUGACUGUUGUAUAUCAGACACUCAUCAUAGAGCACUUCCGGAGAUCGGUCUUGUUAAAUUCGUGAAUCAAUUUCUUUUGCUUCAUAAUGGUCCUAUUACAAGGUUCACUCUAUCUAGCGAGUAUUUGGAAAGAUGUCCAUAUGUAGAUCAAUGGCUACUUUUCUUAUCAAGAAAAGAUGUUCAAGAAUUGAGUUUUGGGUUGGCUGAAACUGAGUGGUUUAAAGCACCUUCUUGUCUUUUCUCUUGUAAAAAACUGAUUUCUUUGGAGCUUGUUAGAUGUGAGCUGGACCCACCGUUGCAUUUUAAAGGUUUUCCGAACUUGAAACGUCUUAAUCUUCAACAAGUUAGUAUUGACCCUGAUGCUGUGGAAACUCUCAUCUCAAGUUGCACGCUUCUUGAAAGUUUGACUUUGUCAUACUUUGAAGGUGCAAAACUCACCGUUCGUGCUCCGAAUCUGACGUAUUUAAUGCUAGAAGGUUAUUUUCAAGAUAUUUGCCUUGAGAACACUCCUAUGUUAGUUGUUGUAUCGAUCGCUAUGUAUAUGGCUGAGGCUUAUCAAAGUUCAAGUUGCAAUUUUGAUAAGGUGCUUGGUGGUGUCCCAUCCAUUCAGAGGCUUACUGGUCACAGUUACUUUACAAAGUAUAUGAGUGUAGGUAACACUCUAGGGGAAAUACAUCCUACUUAUCGACAGCUAAAGAUCAUUGAUCUAUACCAAGUAAGCUUUGACGACAUGACAGAAAUAAUGGUGAUUCUUCGGUUGAUUUUAAGUGCCCCUAAUCUUCAAACAAUUCAAAUUGAGGGUUCAUCAUGGUCAACCGAUCCGCUUGAUUUGGAUUUCUGGGAUAAGGAAUGCCCGCGUGAUGCCACCUUUGAACAACUUAAAGUAGUAAAGUUGACACAAAUAUCGGGGCUCCCACACGAGAUGAGAUUCAUAGAGUUUUUGCUGGGGAAUUCACCUGUUCUUGAAGUUAUGGAUGUCACCAAGAAUGUGUAUGAGACUGAUGAAUAUGAAGACAUGUUUAUGAAGAUACUAGCGUUUGAGCGUGCAUCAGAUGAUGUUGAAUUUAUAUUUGCUGAAGACCAAGUGUAAAAAUAUGGCGUUUGACGUGUCUUGUUAACCUUUAACUAGAUGUUUGCUGUGUAAAAACAAAAUUGUAAACUGUCGAUUUGAUCUAUUUCUUCAAAUCGUUUUAUGACGUUUAUUAA